UACAGUGAUCUAUCAUAUAAGCAGUAUUAAUUAUUGGCGGGAAAUGGCGACAUCUUGAUUUCAUGCAAUAUACGCAUUAUAUAUUUUUACAGGAUGGUCGGUAAAUCACUAUGAUCUAUCAACACGUUAUGCCAGUAGUCUUGUUGCUGUGACGUCAGCAGUGGGAUCUCUAGGAGCCAUCAUUGUACCCUUAGCAACAGGAGACCUUACUAUGCAACAGACGGUUGAAAGUUGGGAUAGCGUGUUUUAUUUGACAGCAUCGUUGAUAGCCGCUACAGUUGUGUUUUAUCUUAUAUUUGGUUCAGGGGAGCAACAACAUUGGUCCAAUCCUCCAGCUAAUAUUUGUCUCAUCCAGAAAAUAGACCCGCUAGCCCGGAAACCUUACGGUACAUAUUCGGUACAGAAAAAUACUGUAGACAAUAAAACAGAAACCCCUGUGCCAGGUGACAGCGCGAUUAAUAGACCAUUUAACUUAUAUACCGUGCAGGGAAAUAUUGACAGUGAAGAUAAAAAUCUCGGUCUAGGUAGUGCCAUUUCAAACUCUAACAUUGAUAACACCAAAAAGAAAUCUGAAAAUGAAGAUAAUAAUGACUCAGAUCAACGCAGUCAUGACGUCAUACCGGAUAUGGAUAAAACAAGAUCAUAGUUUUAGAAUUUAGAUAUUCUUUUCUCUAAUUAUAAUGGUAUAUUCAGCACUUAUCUAAAUCAGGAUCUUUGGGCGAAAGUUCCUGACAUUUUAGGUAUCGUUCACACGACUAAAAGACCCAAAUCGUGCAACAUGUCUAUGAAUUUGGCUGAUUUCUCUCAAAAGAGCUGAAGAAAAGACAACAUAAGUAAGUGUUUUGACACACUACAGUACUUUUCUCACCAUCGGAAACUGAACCAUUUUUAUGAUAAGUAUAUUUUAAGAUAUACAUGUAUUAAUUGUUACGACGUAUUUAGUCCAAAAAAAGAAUUCUUGUAUCAGAUUUAUCUGUCAAAGAAUAACAGAAAACAUAGAUCAAUGUCGUUUCUGAAUCCUACUUGGGUAGAUACUACUAAACUAUUAUGACACACAAGUUAGUGAGUAACAGUAAAAAUAUCAUACUUACGAAAAUACUGUUAGCCGAGGUUAACAGUAUUUUUACGAGGGAUGAUAAUCUGUUACAUGUACUUGCAAACUUAUAUUUUUUUACCCCACACACAUUCUUCAUUGUGACACUGUUUCUUUAGGCAUUUAUUGUUCAGGUUUUUGCUGUGAAAUCGUACUGUUACUGAUACUAUGUAACAAUAAAAAAAUUUUGUCACAUGGUUCACUUGAAUUAACACUUAGAAUAACUUCCAUCAAUUGGCCUUUGGUAAAUUAACAUUACAAAAAGAGUGAGUGGUAAUAAAAAUAACAUCACAUCAUUCAUUUAUAAUACCUGUUUCACAGACAGACUAUACAUAGCUGUUCCUUAUGCAUUUUUUCUUACAAAACCCAAAAUUGAUAAAUAUUAUUUUGAGUAGACUGGUUUAUUUUGCAUGGGCUGUCUAACAUAUUUCAUUUUAAAUGUCAACCUUACAGUAAAAAUUAUGAAGGAUAAUUUUCACUAUAAUGAUUUGAUACCGGUAUAUUCAAUAUUUACAAUGUACAAAUCAUUAAAUUAGUACAAGUGGAUACGGUCCGUAGUUUUAUUACCUUGUAUUUCCAAUAGGAAUCUCUCAACCUUAUCAUUUUUGUAUAAAACGAUGGGAAAAUGUUAAUUUUUAAUGUGUAAAAGUUAAAGUGAAUGACAAAAUAUAAGCAUACGUUAGUUUAGAUAACAAUCAAUGUGAAAAUUUACUUUUAUUCGAAUCCUUCUUUGUUUUGUUUAAAUAAAAAUAUAUAGUUA